GGGAAGAACAUACCUCCACUUUGGGGAGAUCCCAAAUUCUCUUCUGCCCCCUCCCUUUGGGGAGUUGGAGGACGUGCACUAUGCAGGAGGUCACAAUCCUAUAACAUACAAGAUUGUAUAAGUCAAGUUUUAGGACUUCAUAUUCUGGGUUGGUUGGGCCGGCUUGCUUUCCCUCCUCCUCGAUGUUUAUUAGUUCUUCCACCUCGGCCUCUCUCUUGUGGUGUUUUCCCUAAUUUUGAUUCCAUAUUUGUUCCUCGAGAUAAAGAUGUGUCUAAUUGUGAAGGCUCUGCUGACCUGCAUCAUAGUCCUUCAAUUGUUGAAUUUGAUGAGACGUCAUCACAAAUAUCUUGUCGUGACGCUCAGUCUUCGAGUGAAUUGUCAAUCCCCAAGAGUCCUCCUGCUUUGCUAAAAGGUAGCGUAACAACUUUAAACGUGGAUGUGCUUGAGCAGACAGUGUUGCAUGUUCAAAAUCAGCUUCUUACCCGUCUUGAAUCAAUGAAUCCGCUUCAACACGAGUCCAUGACACAGGGUGAAAUUCAUCAUGUUGUAAAUCCAGAUCCAUACCAUGGAGUUUUUGGUUCCGAUGCCAAUCGUUAUGCCAAAGAUUUGCAAGAUCACAUUGAUUUUGGUACUUCAGGAAAAGUUGCAGGAUUUAUAGCUGAAACAAUUCAGGGAGCUGGAGGAGCAGUUGAAUUGGCGCCUGGAUACUUGAAACUGGUUUAUGACAUUGUACGCAAGGCUGGUGGUGUCUGCAUUGUAGAUGAAGUGCAAACUGGCUUUGGUCGAACAGGAAGCAAUUACUGGGGCUUUGAAACACAGGGCGUCAUUCCUGAUAUAUUUACUAUGGCAAAGGGUAUUGGCAAUGGUUUACCAUUGGGAGCAGUUGUGACAACCCCAGAGAUUGCGAGUGUAUUGGCCCAGAAAAUUCAAUUUAAUACUUUUGGAGGAAACCCUGUAUGUUCGGCUGGGGGGCUAGCAGUGCUGAGAGUUAUUGACCAGGAGAAGCGUCAAGCUCAUUGCGCUGAUGUUGGUUCUCACUUGCUCAAGCGUUUGAGAGCUCUUCAGCAAACACAUGAAAGUAAUUACUCUUGAAUUUAACAUUUGUAAAAAAAUCAUCACACUUUUGUCUGUAUACGGGUAUCUAUUGUAAUUUAAUAGAUAAUAUUGGCCUUGCCCUUUUAGAGCACUUCCUCUAAGUCUCCAAAUUACAUUGAAAUGUGAAUCCUAUGAACCAAUUGUUAGGUUUCUAUGCACUAGUGGAAUUUCUUUCCUUAGUAUUAAAAACCCAUAUACGUAAUAUAGUAUUCCCAUUAAUCACUAAUUCCCAUUAAUCAAUGAAUGCAAACCUUAAGAAGGUCACUGUUAAUUUAA